AUGAACUCAGGGAGGUGGACAAUUCUACUGCGAGCGUUUGAAACUUUCUUUUCUAAGAAAACUGAGCAGAAAGGCCAUUACAUGGAUGCAUCAAAUUUUACUGCGGAAGAUUUUGCCAGAUGGUUGCGCGCAGGUCGCGCAGAGGUUUCGGACAGUCAUACAUGGGACUGGGAAAGCACCGCACUGGGCUUUGGAGUUUCAUACGUGAUUCUCGGUACCUUUGCAAUCUCCCUAAAUUCUCUGUUCCUGUAUUCGCUCCUGGCAAGAAGACGGAAAGCAUUUUCUCAUGCUUUCUAUAUCAUGAUACUUGAUUUUACCAUCAUUGAUACUAUAAAAGGAAUCUCCUCCAUAUUAUUUGCCAUAAAGCUAUUGAAAUCAGAUCUGAACUCUGACGAGUCAUUAUUAUCUAUUCGGAUCGACCAAUACAGUGGUCUCUUACUACGGUUCACAAAUCUCGCGACGAUCCUCAAUUUGUUGAGUAUAACGAUGAACGAGUACAUCUUCAUUUGUUAUCCGCUACGAUAUACGACUUUGGUGACCAGAAAACGAGUGGUCUUCUUGAUCAUAUGUAUUUGGAUCUUCUCGUCGAGCAUGACCUUCAUUAAUAUGCUCGCCGGCCUUCAAAAUCGAAGCCUUUGGAUUGAUGAUGAAUGCACAAUCAGCGCAAAUUCCACAGCAUCGUGCAUCCAUCGCCUAGAGUCGUCAAGCUCGGCUCAGUUCGUAUACUACUUGGGUAUUGUUGUAUUUUGCGUCGUAUGUCUCGCAAUAACUGCCUAUUCGUACAGUAUACUUCUCCGAGUAGUGUCAGGCGUUGUAGAUGCAGAAUUGAAACAAACCGCUGAGUUAGAACAUCUCAAACUUCGAAGCUCAGGGGAAGGUGAGCGUCGCUUGGAUAAUAAACAUGUGCUCAAAAGGCAUAAAUACGUGGUAGUCAUCGGUACAGUAAUCGGUGUCUACUGUGUCUAUCUGACGGUAUAUGCUACCUUACAAGUGUUGCAGCUCGUAAACAUCUCUCAAAACUCAAAUGGGUUUCGUCGUCGGGAUCUCCUAUAUCUCAAGUAUAUUUGCUAUCUUUGUAUAACACUUCAUUCAUUACUUCAACCACUAUGUUACCUUCGAAUGCGGGAAUUCAGGAUUCUCAUAAAAAGAGUAUUUUGUGGCCGUACAAAGUACGAUCAACAGAUGACAAACGAUCAGUACUAUAUCACAUCAAACAGUCAAAAAGGUGGAAAUGGCAAAGAAUAUGUGUGAUAUCGUUGUAAUUAGC